AUGGGCAACUCCUCCGGCAAAGGCGAGGGAGAUGAGGAGGAGGAGGAGGAAGAGGAGGAGAAAGAUGGCGAAGAGGUGGAAAUAGUGCAGAAGAAAAAGAUCAAAGAAGAAGAAGUCGAAGAAGAGCUUCCUUUGGGGGUGGAUGAAUUGUUGGAGAGUGGAGAUCCCGUGUUGGAUUUAAGCUACCGUAAAUUUAAACGUUUACCUGCUCGUGUUUGUGGACUGAUGCAUUUGGAAAAGCUCUACGUUUGUGGGAAUAGCCUGCGCGCUCUUCCCGACGGUAUAACUCAGCUCCAAGGUCUUCGGAUUCUGGCCCUGGACUUCAACAAGAUGGAGGAUGUUCCUCUUGCCAUCUGCCAGCUGGCUAACCUCAGCCGUCUCUACCUGGGCAGCAACCGUCUUAUGACGCUGCCACCCGAGCUGAAGAACCUGCGAUGUCUCCGCUGCUUGUGGCUGGAGAGCAACUACUUCCAGUGGUUUCCCAAAGAGCUGUACGAACUUCCCAACCUCAAAUCCUUGCAGAUAGGUGACAACCGACUGAAGACGUUGCCUCCUGACCUUUGCCGCAUGGAGAAUUUAAGAGGACUGUGGCUCUACGGAAAUCGCUUCCAAACCUUUCCGAAAGUCCUCCUGAGCAUGGACGGCUUGGAGAUUCUGGACCUUGACCGCAACAAAAUAUCCGAGUUCCCCAACCUGAAGCGCAUCACAUCCCUUCGUCUCUUCUCUUACGACCACAAUCCGGUCAAGGAGCCUCCUAAAGUGGGAGAUGAGGUGACAGUAGUUGGAGAAGGUGCAGCGGAGUUCUUGGAGGAACGUGAGGCUAGGAAGGACAGGCAGCGCAAGGAGGCAGAAGAGGCUGCUCUGGCGGGCGAAGAGCCCAUCAUUCACGGCAUCUUGAAGAACAGCGGCUCCAGACAAGCCGCUAACGAGGACAACUUCAAGGAAGGAGAAGGGGAGGAGGCUGAAUCUCCCGUCUUUGAAUACGACGGUGGCGAGUUGGAGUAUGACGACGAGGCAUUUGAGUAUGAAACCGAGGAGCUGAUCUGUGAGGGGGAUGCUUUGGACUAUGAGGGUGAGGAGCUGGAGUAUGACAGGGCUUAUAUGGACUAUGAGUACGAGGAGGAAAUGGAAAAGAAGGUGGAGGUAUAA